CUGCCAAGUUACAGUUUAUAACGGUUUUAGUUUGUUGAAAUUGUAUUCCCUUUUUUCACUUUCAUUUCUGACACAUUACGAUUGAUAACUUAAUUAUUAUUGCUUUGAGUAGGUGUAACUGAUUUUUUAAAAAUUUUAACCAUUGAAAUUUAAAUUAUAUUUCAAAUAUAACAUCUUCUAAACAGUUUAAAAUAUAUAAGAUAAGUGCUUUAAUACAUAACUUUUUCUAAUAUUCCAUACAAACUUCUUCUUUCCUUCUUUCGUUAAACUCAUUGUGUUGCCCUCAUCGUUGAAAUUGUGCUUUCCUUUCAACUUUCACGCAAGCUUAAUGGCCAGAUUAACCCGAAACAUUAUGAAUUAGCAUAAUAAAUUUAAGAUAUGAUCGUAAGCAACAAGAAAACGAAUAAGGAGGUAAACAAAAUCUAUCAUGGCGCCGCACAACAAUCGUUACCCCAGCCCACUGCAAAAUGUCCUCGGGGAACCAAGGAUUUUUUUCUUCACGUUGCAUUUGCUGGUAGGUCUUCUUCAACCAGUGAACUGCACAGCCUUUAGGGAUGAUUCAAUGAUUGCAGCCCCCGAUAAUAAGUCGAAAAUUGCAAGAAUGAACAAAAACCUCAACAUCCCAGAAUAUAUUCAUUGUUUCCAUUUACGGGUGUGUACGAGGUUACUGGGAGCAUAGACAUGGCACCAAAAAAGGGGCUCUCUACAAUGUUGCAAAGGUAAAUUUCGCUUGUAACCCGCCCUUGGCAGGUAGGUUUUUCAUGUUGUGCAAGCGAAUCACUGCGGUGGGGAAAUACAUUCUUACACUUUUUGUUUUCAACCGAACACUCGCGCGUGAUGAUGCUCUCGCGUUCCUUUUCUGUGCCGAAAUUGGGCUCAUCAUUCAUGCGACGGAAAACGCUAUUGAUAAUGCAGAAUGCCGCACCCGGGACCGCCAAUCCCAGCCCUAGGGGUCGGAGUGAUGCAAUCAGGUUAAAUUUGCCCAUUAAAGGAACACAACCCAUCGAGCCGUGUCCUGCCAUUUUGACAACGUCACACGUUGGCCCUUCUUUGUGCGCCUCUGUCCCAACUGACCACGAGCCCAACAAAUUAUUCGAACAGCUCACAUCUGACCCGCUAGUAACCGCUGAACCCAUCGCACCAUCUGGGACCUGUUUUCUCCUAAUUAAACAUCGGCGAAAGGUUUCGGUGGAGAUUAGAAAUGGUCCGGAAUUCGAACACCUCGAUACCCUGCCCAUACGUGAAAUCGGCUUAGAAACAGGUUCCAACGUUCAAAUGCUUUAGAGGAGCCUCGCCUGUUGAGGUUCGCAACAGAAGCAAACGUAGUGGUAAUGUUUUUUUUUGGUCUUUCUCUUCUUUCAUCACGCUGUUCUUCGGUUGAGAAACCCUUUUUCAGUGGCCCCGUAGCAUGAACAUUUGUUUAGGACAUAUGUUAAAGGAAAAAGAAGGAGAAAGAAAGCAAAAAGCAAGAAAAGAACAAACGGGAAAGAAAAUAACAAAAACCUGUUCACUUGACCGGACCUUUACGCGUGUGUGCUUGAUAAACCAGUAUUGGAGCGGAACUCUCCGAGAGGUCUCGGAAACGUAGACGGAACCUUACUUAUACUUACGAACAAUGUUGGUGGCGAUCGUAGCUGGAUGAUCGUUUCAUUCGAUGUUUCUAUUCUAUUCGCUUCCCUUGUUUGAGCUGUAAUCAAGUAAGUUCAUUUAUUCAAAGAGCUUUUGUCUGCUUUCCGGAUGAACAUAAUCAUGGUGGGGAUUGAAUUAUCCAUCAAUCGAAGCGAUUUGAUUUUUUGUUUCAAAUUAUACUAAAAGGUAUCCAAAUACGGGGAAAAUUUUCUUUAUCAUUAUUGCUGUAACGUCAGUUGAAUAAUAAAAUUAUUCGAAAAACAUUUUAUUUGAUCUUAAAAACAUUUUUACCUUACCAAUAAAUUAUCAUACGUGAAACUGUCAAACGUUACUAAACUGUACACUGAUCUUAAUAAUAAAAAAAAUCCUGCAAUAUUAAAAUUAACACUAAAUGCGCUUGUUCUACCAAACAUAAUUUGCAUUUAAUGUACUUCGUUUUGUAUUUCGUCGAACUGUAAGUGCUAGUAUUUGUUAUUGAUCCUUUUAGUUUUUUAAUCGUUGUGUCCGUUUUCUUCGUAAAAUGAAACACGAAGAAAAUGUUACGCAAAAACCAUUGAAUCGUGGUCUCGUACGGAUAACAUCUCGAUCGGCGGAGUGAAGAGCACAUGUGAAAGGAAGCUUUUAUGGCAGGAAGCGAGCGCAAACAUAGAAAUGCUAUAAGAGUCGGUAAGAGCAAAAGCUCUGCAAGGUGAAUAAGAGUAGGCGAGGUGUGCAUGAAUACGUCUUUGAUGGUAAGAGAGGGAGAGAGAGAAUAAGCGUUGGAGCGUUUUUUUUGUUCCCGACCUUACUGCAGUUUUAAAACCAAGCGUUCAGCUAUAUUUUUACCUUAACGUUCAUCACCAACAGUUUGCCUGUAGCGUUUGGCAAUCUCUUCUCAGAGAGAGCUGUGUAUGUGUUGAGUUUUUGUGUUGUUUGUGUGUAUGUAUUCUGUACGUGUGUAUCUGUUAGUGUGUGAAUAGUGAAGGGCACAAAAGGCCACAACUGAAAGGAAGCAACAAAAAAUAUAUACAUAAAAAGUAAAAAGAAUAGUGCCGUGAUUUUUGUGACCGAAGCAGUGGUGUGUAAACGGGAUAGAGAAGAUGAAUGAAAACUUGCAGUCCAUAGGGGAAUGAUUGUACCGAUACGUUGGGUCAAAGCUGGGCGAAACAAAAACGACAAAAAACAGGAGAAGAAAAACGAUUUCACAACCCAAUAAUUACAGCAAAACAUAAUCGUCUACCUUAGCGCCACAGUUGGUACAAAAAAAAAAAGAAAUACCGAUCCAAAAUACACGAUCAUGAUGAAAAAAUAAACAAUCAUUCGAAGCAAAAAACGGUUGGUGUGCAAAAGUCGGUUGUAGAUAUUAUUUGGAGGUCGACACCAAAAGGGUAUAAUUUAUCGUACGCCUUACCAAGAAAAGGAUAAACGAGUGAUAAGGCGCGUGAAACCGCUUUGCGAAUGUUCGUACGUCGUUCCUCAAACCACCCACCCGCAUGGUGUUGGUUGAUGUGACGGAGUGUGUGAGUGAGCAUCGGCAUAGUGCUUCGCCGAGCAAGAUGGCCACCCUAGGCCUGUCGAAGGUAUUCAUCCUGGACAAGUACUUUACCGAGUUGCAAAAGUUUUGGGAAACGGAAAAAAAGCUGCAAGAUGCAUCUUCAUCGAACGAAGCCGUCCACCUGCAGCAAAGACUGAAGAGCCUCAGCUCAGAGUUAGUUACGCUGAGGAACCGACUGCACACCGGCGGUCAGCCCACAGGAACCGGACCCAAUGGAGGCGGUGUCUCGGUCGGCGGUGGAACAGUAGUAUCACCAACAUCGGCACCAAAUACUAACAACACCGGUUCGAAUCACAAUGUUGGAACGCAUGGUACGGCCGGUCUGGCGGCACACGCGAACAACACGUCCAGUAACAACGGUCUCAUAACGACCACGGUCGGAGCCAACGGGAUCAAUGUGCUACCACAUCUUGCCACCGGGUGUCCCAAUAGCACCAACAACAGCAACUCCACCAACAGCGCUACCAAUAAUGCUAAGAACCACAUGCUAGUGACGAGUGCAACCCAGUGCAUACCUGCGAACCAGGUGGGAAACAAUCUGAACGCCUCGCAACCUAAUGUCAACGUCUUGCCAAUCGUUUCACCAAGAAAUACCUCAAUUCCGUACCCUUUGCCACAUCAUAAUGUCAGCAGCGGCACAAUGCUUCAUGGAGAUACGAUACCAUGCGGUGGUACGCUUCCGAGGCGUACAGCGAUGGGCUUCGGUGGCAACUCGGUUCAGUACAACGUGGGCGGACAUGCUGGUAGCGGUGGACUUGGUACAAUCGUCUCGCCUAGCGGAGGUGGAUCCGGAACACUGCUGGCCGGUACUGGGCCAACCACAACCCAUUUCCGAGACCGGCAGGAGAGCACUGGUACUAACGAGAUGGACGAUCUGAUCCAUCUACCUGGACCGCUUACCGAGGAUGCCGUCAUGCGUACGUUGCACAAUCGUUUCAACGAUGGGAAAUAUUUCACCAACGUCGGCCCGAUACUGCUGUCCGUCAAUCCUUACCACGAUGUUGGCAAUCCACUGACACUGUCUUCCACCCGCUCUGUCCCUCUUGCCCCUCAGCUAAGAAAAAUCGUUCAAGAAGCCGUUCGACAGCAGGCGGAAACGGGUUACCCGCAGGCGAUUAUUCUUUCUGGUACUUCCGGUUCGGGAAAGACACACUGUUCGAUGCUGCUGCUAAGACAGCUGUUCGCGGUGGCUGGCGGAGGACCGGAGACCGACGCGUUCAAACAUCUGGCCGCAGCCUUCACUGUGCUGCGUUCGCUUGGAUCGGCCAAAACUACCACCAACUCAGAAUCAAGCAGAAUCGGACAAUUUAUUGAAGUACAAGUGACAGAUGGGGCACUGUAUCGCACCAAGAUUCAUUGCUACUUUCUUGAUCAAACGCGUGUCAUCCGACCGUUGCCGAAUGAGAAAAAUUACCACAUCUUCUACCAAAUGCUAGCAGGGUUAAAUGCCGACGAAUGUGCCCGGCUCAACUUGGAAGGAUACUCGCCGGCAAACUUACGCUAUCUUCAGCACGGCGAUAUUCGGCAGGAUGAGCAGGAGGACGCGGCACGCUUCCAAGCAUGGAAAGCCUGUCUUGGCAUUCUCGGCAUUCCAUUUCUGGAUGUUGUACGCGUCCUAGCAGCCGUUUUGCUUCUAGGCAAUGUGCAGUUCAUCGAUGGACAGGGUCUCGAAGUGGAAGUUGUUGGAGAAACAGAACUGAAUGCCGUUGCUAAUUUGUUGGGUGUUCCACCCGCUCAACUGUUUCGGGGUCUAACGACUCGUACACAUAAUGCCCGCGGACAGCUUAUCAAAUCAGUUUGCGAUGCCAACAUGUCGAACAUGACACGGGAUUGCUUAGCAAAGGCACUCUACUGCAGGACGGUAGCGACGAUUGUUCGUAGAGCAAACAGCUUGAAACGGCUUGGCUCAACACUUGGUACACUUAGCUCCGAUAGCAACGAGUCAGUGCACAAUCAAGCAGAAGUAGCAAGCCAACAUGCAUCCACGAUUGGCGGAAACGCGGGUUCGAAGUCUAUGGCCGCCCUGAACAAUGCAGUUCGACAUGCAACAGAUGGAUUUAUCGGAAUAUUGGAUAUGUUUGGUUUCGAGGAGCCCCGACCAGCCCAGCUUGAACACCUUUGCAUUAACCUUUGUGCGGAAACCAUGCAGCACUUCUACAACACACACAUCUUUAAGAGUUCCGUUGAAUCGUGCCGCGAGGAGGGCAUCAUCUGCGACACGGAGGUAGACUACGUGGACAACGUUCCAUGCAUCGAUCUCAUCUCAUCGUUGCGUACCGGUCUGCUGAGUAUGCUGGAUGCAGAGUGUUCGGUGCGUGGCACGGCGGAAAGUUAUGUCGCCAAGAUCAAGGUGCAGCAUCGCAACUCGGCUCGGCUGGAACAGCGUGCCCUUGAGCCGUACGAUCCCCGAUUGUUUGCUAUUCGACACUUUGCGGGACGCGUUGAAUAUGACACGACCGACUUUCUCGACACCAACCGGGACGUGGUGCCGGACGAUCUGGUAUCCGUGUUCUACAAACACACGUGUAACUUUGGCUUCGCCACGCAUCUAUUCGGAACCGAGCUGAAAGCGUUGUACGCGCAGGAAAAUGGUCCGCGAGGUCUCAGCUUCCGCAUUGCACCCACCUCCCACACGGAUCUUCUAAACGGAGACGAACCAGUUUCCACACUGACGCAAGACUUCCAUACGCGGUUAGAUAACCUGCUUCGAACGUUGGUUCACGCGAGGCCACAUUUUGUGCGCUGUAUUCGUAGCAACACGGCCGAGAAAGGCGGCAUGUUUGACCGAGGCGCAGUCGUUCGUCAGAUCCGUGCACUGCAGGUACUGGAAACGGUCAACCUGAUGGCGAGUGGCUUUCCGCACCGAAUGCGCUUCAAACAGUUUACCGCACGCUACCGUAUGUUGGCACCGUUCCGACUGCUUCGACGCUGUGAAGAGAAAGCUCUGGAGGAUUGCAAGGUGAUUCUGGACUUUGCGCUUGAAAAUCCGCCCGAGUUGGACGGCUCUGUUACACUGUCGUGGGCCCCCGGUAAACGCCAUAUCUUCUUGAGCGAAGGCAUCCGUCAGCAUCUGGAACGAUUGCGUACGGAGGUGCGCAUGAAAAGCGCCACAUUGAUUCAGGCCACGUGGCGUGGAUGGAACCUGCGCAAACGGCUCGGUACGAUAAGACGUACCCAUGAUAUCCAGCUAAUGGGUGGGGCACUUCUAUCGAUCAACAAAGCUUCCGGUAAGUACAGUUCUGCCCAUGAUAGACGUCCCAACAGAACGACAGCAAUGGUCACACUGGUUUUGUCUUCAGGUGCUCGAACGGGAAAUGUUUCGCAUGCAAACGCGAACAACACGGGCACGGCUACGAGACCGCGACCGCAACCAAUCGCCGGUACGCCACCACCGGAUCCAAAUGAAAAGUGCGAUUCGAAGAUCAUCGCACAAACCUGCACGCUCUUUGGGUUGGAUUUGGAACGACCACCACCAGUUCCACCGUCCCGUUCGUACACUGUGACGGGAAAUUCAAAGCUCGGCUACCCACAGACACGCAUCAUGAAGAUGAACUUUCCCGAAGAUCCGGCUGCGGUCGGACUGGGUGAGCAGCUACGCAAAGGUGAAGCGGUCACCGUGACUGGAGCAUCCCAUCGACGAGGUCAUCUAAUCGUGGAACACAACGGCAUUAGUCUGCAUGUGCCCUUCCAAUAUAUGGAGCUGGUGAAGACAAUUGGUCCCGUACCAGCCGGUGCUGGUAAUGUUCCUUCCGGUGCAGCCGUACCUCCACCGCCGACGGCCACUGCAGUAAAUAUUUGAUCACUGACCGGAUACGAGGUCCGCAAAAGAUAUACAAACACCAGGAAAAACGAACUUUCGAGAUGAUUCUCGACACAGGAUAAAUGACUGCAUUUUUGUUAAAUUUCAUAAGACUUUAGGGUAACAGGGAAACAUUGAAAGUAAGCUGUCUUUACACACACAUACACCCUCUAGUACCGUAGUGUAUUCAGGCACGGAAUAUAGUUUGUUAAGUGCACAGCAAUAAGGUUGAGUAAUUGUAGUUCUAACGAUAAGCUUAGUGUUAACUAUUUAACGCGUAUCUUUUCAGCACCGUUUGCUAGAAGAAUAUGGUUUUCUUUCAUGGAAUAAAACAGGACUAGCAAUGCUAGAAGUUGAACUAAAGCAUGCACUAUACAGUACAGUACUAUCAGCGAAAGUUGCCUACGAUAUGAAGUUUACUAUUGUAAGGUUCUAGAGUAGAAAUGUUGCUCAUUUCUUUAUUCGGAGUUGAAUAUGUUCCAGCAAGAAAUGAACAUUACCACUGCUCGUUGAAUUUGUCCAUUAAUUUCCUUAACACUUGAAGCGUUAACAUAACGAUAAGUUGUAAGAAACAGCUAUACCUACUAUCUUCGAGACUUCCAUAAGUGCCAACUUUGCAUGUUUUGCAAGUAUUGCAUUAGAUUAAGUUUAUCAACAAUGAGUAAACAUGUGUUAUGUUUAGCUUCGAUUGGAAUGAAAGAUUAUUUAGCUUAUGAUUUGUUCUGUUUAUCAAUUUGUGUGGUAGCAUUAGACAUUUAAGCUGAAUUGCGCCAAAUGGCAAGACAGUUUGAAGGUGUACAAGAAAAUAAGAAAGAUGUUUAAGUUUCCUUACCAGUGAAAAGCUAACAAGCUACACUUUUCGAUCGCAUCUAUAAGCGAAAAACCCCGUAAUCGUCUGAGAUUAAAGCGUCUUAUCUUUAUUGUUGGUGUUGUUUUCCUUUGCCAAGCCGACACAAAAAUGGUGGCCCUCCAUCAAAGUUGUCCAGGGAGAACUUGUUAUGUUGCUACUGCUUUUGUUGGCUCUUCUGCUGUGUAAAUCUAUUUGUCAUUUUGGUUUUGUUGAUAAAAUGGCAAGAUGUGGAAGCAAUUUUCAAUCCAAAGUUGUUUGUAUCAGCUUAAGAUGAAGCAUAGGACAGCACGAAAAAUUGAAAGCAAAUUAAAUAAUACAAUUAUUGUGUUUCGCUGUGCUUUCAACAUUUCGUCUGCUUUUUUUUCGCUUCUGGCCAUCGGUAAAUCACACAAGUAGAACAAAAUCACAAAACACAUUUAUAAUUCAGCCGUCGAUUCUACGCUAUCACAAACCAAUCAAAUUACCAGUGACUUUACUAGCUUAAGUAUGUGUGUGUGUUUGUGUAGGUAAGAGAAAUAGGAUACGAGAGUUGUCAAACUUAAUCAACGUCGUAUUGUACCGUCAGCGCCAUUUUCUAGUAGUUUUAAGGCAGAGAUUUUCGACCACGGACAGGUAGUGUUAUUACGGCUUAUCUUUCACCAAUGAUGAAAGUCAAAUACAAUGAAAUCUUUGUAUAAUGUA